AUGAUGCUGACCAAAGCCAAACCCCGGGGAGGGUCUGGCGAGCGCAGAGACCGCCCAGCUCAUCGCAGGGAUGAGCGGGCAGUGCCGCCCGGCUCCGCCCCGGGCUGGGCAGGGCGAGGGAGCGGAGCCGCUCCCGCUCUCACCGCCGGGAAGCAUCCCGGAUUGGAGGGGGGCGGAGAUCCCGGGCUGAGCUCCCAACCCGCAGGGACCCCCGGGCAGCGGAGAGGGGGGGCUCUGCCCAGCACCCACCGCCGGGAAGCAUCCCGGGAGGGAGGGGCUCCUUGGAUCCCGGGGCUGAGCUCAGGGACCCCCGGGCAGGGGAGGGGGCUCCGCCCGGUCCCCCCCGCCGUGGGAGCGGACCCCGGCGGUCGCCGCGUUCCCCCCGCCGUGGGAGCGGAUACCCCGCAGAUCCCCGAGGAUUUGUACCUGUCCAGCUCCUGCCGCUGGCUGAGAGGCUUCAGCGCAUUUGCUCAGUGCCUGGAAGAGGAGCCAAGGCCAGGAGCAGUGGAGGGGGAGCGGCGAUGGAACGUUCACUGCAGGAAAAUCUCGAGGCGUUCGAUCUUUGAAUUAUUUGCCUUCGUCCUCACGCCGUGUCUCGCGCAUUCCAGGCCAUCCCCCUGGCAGGGGGUGUUUGCCAUGGACACCGGGCACAUCAGCAGAUCCCGCUUCAGUGUGGCCUCCAGCCCGCCGCGGUGGGAGAUCGGGCUCUACGCCGCCGGCGCCUUGGCACUGCUGGGAAUCCCAUCCUCGGAGCUUGGAGCCGAGUUCCUGGCAGGGAAGCGGCUGAGGCUCAGCCCGGGGGUGGUGACGAGCUCAUGGAGCCCCUUGUCCCCUCUAGUGGCCUCCAGCCCGCCGCGGUGGGAGAUCGGGCUCUACGCCGCCGGCGCCUUGGCACUGCUGGGAAUCGCAGCCAUCAACAUCUGGAAGCUCUGGCGCUCCGGCAGCUACCCGGCCCCUUCCCCCUUCCCAAACUAUGACUACCGGUACCUGGAGCAGAAGUACGGAGCGGCGUAUCCGGACGUCAGGCACAAGCGAGGGCUGGCCCCGGGCUCGCAGCGGACGCUGGGUCAGAGCACUGCCAGCCGCAAGAGCAGCCUGAGGGCAGAGGACACCUUGGAGAGCAUCCAGGAGCUGGGCAGCCUGGAGCUGAUGGGCAGAGACCUCGGACUGGCCCACUACGGCCCCCUGAAGAAAUCCAUCUCGGCCGACUCCCUCAACUCCAUCUCGUCCAUCGGGAACAACUUCGGGCAGGAUUUCACGGUGGGGCAGGUGGAGGUGUCCAUGGAGUAUGAUGGGAGGGCGGCCGCCCUGCACGUGACGCUGCUGCAGGGCAAGGACCUGCUGGAGAAGGAGGAUGCGCGAUUCGAGUCCUGCUUCAUGCGGAUCAGCCUCCUCCCGGCCGAGCAGAUCGUCGGCAUCUCCCGAAUCCAGAGGAGUGCCUACGCUGUGGCCUUCGACGAGCGCUUCUCCAUCCCGCUGGACCCGGCAGCGCUGGAGGAGAACAGCCUGCGCUUCUCUGUCUUCGGCAUCGACGAGGACGAGAGGAGUGUCAGCACCGGCGUGGCCGAGCUCAAGCUCUCCGACCUGGACCUGGCUGCGCGCCCCUUCAACGCCUGGCUCUACCUGCAGGACAUGAGCAAGCCUGUGGACACGGUGGGGGAGAUCCUGCUCUCCCUGAGUUACCUGCCCACGGCCGAGCGGCUCACAGUGGUGGUGGUCAAAGCCAAGAACCUCGUGUGGAGCAACGGCAAGGUGACCGCAGAUCCCUUCGUCAAGGUGUACCUGCUGCAGGACGGGAGGAAGAUCAGCAAGAAGAAGACAGCGGUGAAGAGGGGGGACACCAACCCUGUGUUCAACGAGGCCAUGAUCUUCUCCGUGCCGGCCAUCGUGCUCCAGCCAUCCUCGGAGCUUGGAGCCGAGUUCCUGGCAGGGAAGCGGCUGAGGCUCAGCCCGGGGGUGGUGACGAGCUCAUGGAGCCCCUUGUCCCCUCUAGUGGCCUCCAGCCCGCCGCGGUGGGAGAUCGGGCUCUACGCCGCCGGCGCCUUGGCACUGCUGGGAAUCGCAGCCAUCAACCUCUGGAAGCUCUGGCGCUCCGGCAGCUACCCGGCCCCUUCCCCCUUCCCAAACUAUGACUACCGGUACCUGGAGCAGAAGUACGGAGCGGCGUAUCCGGACGUCAGGCACAAGCGAGGGCUGGCCCCGGGCUCGCAGCGGACGCUGGGUCAGAGCACUGCCAGCCGCAAGAGCAGCCUGAGGGCAGAGGACACCUUGGAGAGCAUCCAGGAGCUGGGCAGCCUGGAGCUGAUGGGCAGAGACCUGGGACUGGCCCACUACGGCCCCCUGAAGAAAUCCAUCUCGGCCGACUCCCUCAACUCCAUCUCGUCCAUCGGGAACAACUUCGGGCAGGAUUUCAUGGUGGGGCAGGUGGAGGUGUCCAUGGAGUAUGAUGGGAGGGCGGCCGCCCUGCACGUGACGCUGCUGCAGGGCAAGGACCUGCUGGAGAAGGAGGAUGCGCGAUUCGAGUCCUGCUUCAUGCGGAUCAGCCUCCUCCCGGCCGAGCAGAUCGUCGGCAUCUCCCGGAUCCAGAGGAGUGCCUACGCUGUGGCCUUCAACGAGCGCUUCUCCAUCCCGCUGGACCCGGCAGCGCUGGAGGAGAACAGCCUGCGCUUCUCUGUCUUCGGCAUCGACGAGGAUGAGAGGAGUGUCAGCACCGGCGUGGCCGAGCUCAAGCUCUCCGACCUGGACCUGGCUGCGCGCCCCUUCAACGCCUGGCUCUACCUGCAGGACAUGAGCAAGCCUGUGGACACGGUGGGGGAGAUCCUGCUCUCCCUGAGUUACCUGCCCACGGCCGAGCGGCUCACAGUGGUGGUGGUCAAAGCCAAGAACCUCGUGUGGAGCAACGGCAAGGUGACCGCAGAUCCCUUCGUCAAGGUGUACCUGCUGCAGGACGGGAGGAAGAUCAGCAAGAAGAAGACAGCGGUGAAGAGGGGGGACACCAACCCUGUGUUCAACGAGGCCAUGAUCUUCUCCGUGCCGGCCAUCGUGCUCCAGGAGCUGUCCCUGCGUGUGACGGUGGCUGAGAGCGGCGAAGAUGGACGUGGUGACAACACAGGCCACGUGCUCAUCGGCCCCACAGCCAGCGGGAUGGGCACCACGCACUGGAACCAGAUGCUGGCCACGCUGAGGAAGCCCGUGUCCAUGUGGCACCCACUCCGCAGGAAUUAGGGGGCUGCACCCCGACACCAGCUCUGCCAGGCACAGCAGGGCCCGGAGCUGCCAGG